UUUUUCAGUUACCGAGUGAGUCGAAUUGUUUAGCGAAAAGUAGCCGCGUAAUCGUUGCACGCGAAAAGACAACCGGGAUCUUGUUCUCGGAGCGGUGUCCCAAGUCACACGCGGACGAGUUAUUAGUUCACGUUGUGCUUAUACGUUAGUCUCGCAGGAUAAUCGUCAUCCACGUGCGCGGUACGAGAGCGUCAUCGAAGGGCAGGCGGGCUUGAUCAUCGAUCGAAAUAAACGAGAAAACGAAAACAGGCGUCCGGCGGUGGCCUGCCUUGUUUGCACGUCGUAAUCACGGUCGAGCCGUUAAAACGGGCUCGUUUUAUAAUAAGGAUCGCGAUUAUACUAACAAAGUGAGGAGCAAAAUGUCGGUGGACACGCUGAGCGACUCCGAAUUGCGGACAAAGCUGAUGGAAUACGGUUACCCGGUGGGACCGGUGACACAGACGACCCGCAAGAUACUCGUUAAGAAAUUGAAGAACCUCAUCGAGAUCCGUGGAGGCAACACCGGUGGAGGAGGAGGGUCCCGGCAUUCCUUGGCCGCGAGAUAUAGCAGCGAUGACACAGAUGAUGACACAAACACUAAUGUCAUUAAGAAGAAAAAGAGAGACGCAAAUUUGCGUCGACAAACGCUAGCGAAUCCUAUGCCUCCACCUUCGAUUAUACCUCCUGAUGCUACAAAUGUAACAAAGAAUCCAGUUAAAGAGAAUUUAUCACCACCUCAUUCAGAAUUCAAGGAUCCCAAUGUAACGGACUUCGAUAAUUCAAGCGUGUCUUCCACGACUCGUGUAACAUCAAAAACUACGCACAAAUUUAGUAAAACACAAAGAUCGUCCUAUGUAUCCGAUGGUUUGGAAACUGGAUCGGAUUCAGAUGUAGUGGAAGAUACUGGAAGCACUUAUGCACGCUCAUAUGAUAAGUACCUGUCCAAUCCAAGUAGCAGGUUGUCUGAUACUCGAAUGUACGAUCGUGGAUCAUUCGAUUAUGAUCAAACGUCGAAAACCAGACCUGUCCACAUAACGAAGGACAUGAAGUACAAUGUUUCUCCUUUGAAACCAAGUGUCUCCUCAAUUCAGUUUACAAAAGAAGAUGUGAGUGGAAGAGAUAUUACAAAUCAGAAAGAUCUCUCAAGCUAUGAAACUCCAUUUUUAUCAGAGUUUACAAGAAGACUUAGUUCACAAUCUCUGAUAAAUACAUCGCUGACAUUGCCGAGUUUAAAAAAUCCUACAUUACGACAUAGUCCAUUAUCCGGUCUACCAGAGGUCAAAGAAAGGGAUUCAAACGGUCAUUUUUCAUCUUUAAGGACCAUGUAUUCGCCAUCGAAUCAACCAUCAAGACAAACGUUAUUUAGUUCGAGACACAACGCGUCAUCCGCCGAUAGAGUGCGGGAUAUCAUUAGUAGAGCGGCUUACAAACCAUCGACGACGAAUACAAGAGAUGAUGUACGAAACAAUCAGAAUAUUGUUUCAAUGGGUCUCGUGGCAGUACUUGCCCUAUUUUUUGUAGUCCUUGCAAUAAUAUAUCUGGGACUUGGUAAUCGAGAUGGGAAAACCGAGGCCAUUCCAUCGAUCACAACGGAUAACAACAUACCGCAAUGUUUUUCGCCAAUUGAUUCUCAGCUUAGACAACCUGGAGUGAAUUGUGUAUUGAAGCAAAAUAUAGAGUCUGUGUUGCAACUUAUAAGACGUCUGCAUCCUAUUCUAAUGAAAAAGGCAAUGUCUAAAAUAUGUGAGAAUUCAAACGAGAAACCAUACUUGAUUGAUAAAGAUAUUAUAGAGAUGUUUAUGAGCGAUAAAGUGACGAGCCUCGAGGUAAAGGACGAUCUGCACAGUGCACAGGUUUUAAUCUUUAAGAAUUCCAAAUGGGGUAUUUCGCUUAUCGAAAUAAAUGAUGAUAACGAAGAGACCUUCAAAGUAUUGGAUGCUUUGGAGGAAAUAUUAUUCGCUCGUCAUAAUGAAAAACUUGGAAUGACAAUUCUAAAUCCUGAGCUGCCAAUGCAAUGCCUUGUUAAGAACAAGCUUUUUACCAUCUUUUCUUCUCUCCUUAUAGUGGCAAUUGUUUUAUUAACAGGUAUUGGGAUUUAUAAAUUGUAUCUUUGGUAUAUAAAAUACAAGAAAUGUACGGAAAGAGAAGUAUUUAAGCUUGUUAGUGAAAUCAUAAAUAUCGUUGAGACGCAUCAUCAAAAUGCGUCCGCGCAACCCGGUGGCGCGCAGGAAAGUUUUCUCGCUAUAAACCAUGUACGAGACAAUCUUAUUCCACCAAAAGAUCGCAAAAGAAUGACAAGUCUCUGGGAUAAGGCAGUAAAAUUUUUAGAUGAAAAUGAAUCUAGAAUUCGACGAGAAGUACAACAAGUUGCAGGAGAAGAAUUUCAUGUAUGGCGAUGGUUGCCAAAUAACACUUUAAAUAAAUCUCCCGUGCAGAGCGGGAUCUCGGGUAAAAAGCCGAAAGUCUGGCAAGGACAAGCAUUCGAAACAAUGGAAGGGUCAGUUAAUAGUUUGACUUGUUCACCAACACCCUGCCUGAAAAUCAGACAUAUGUUUGACCCAGACAUCGAAACCGAAGAUGAUUGGGAGACAAGAGUACAAGACGCAAUUUUGGAAAAAUGCGGAGAGGGCGUAAAGAUACUCCACAUUCGCAUAGACAUCGGUAGCCGUGAGGGUUGUGUUUAUAUGAAAUGUAUGUCACAAAAAGAUGCUGGCGAAGCUUAUAGAGCGUUACACGGAUGUUGGUUUGAUGGUAAAUUAGUGACUGUGAAGUACCUGAGAUUAGAGCGUUAUCACGAGCGAUUUCCGGAUGCCGCUCGCUGUAUAACGCCUCUCAAGCCAAGUAAUAAUCAACGAUUAUCCAUGCAAGCGCAUUAUUGGCAAAGUCCUGCCGAAGCAAAUUAACAAUUGACGUUUGUGUUUGGAUAUAUGCAAGAAUAUGAGCUCUCAUGUCUGAUCAUACGCAUAAUUACUUGCUGAUCAGAACUGACAGAACCUUUUUAUCUUUUUCUUUUCAAAACCUAUAAAAUAUCUUUGCGUGCUGCAGCAUAAAUACAUAAUAUAAGAUUGAAAACGCUUCUAUUUUACAAGAACAUUUUUCUUUAAUUUGCUAAAUUAAAUAUUAUAUUUUAUAUCUUUUAACAUGAUGACAGAAAAAUAAGUGUUUUUAA